AUGGCUCAAACAACAGAUGAUGUUUCUACUUAUGACUAUAUUAUCAUUGGAGGUGGAACCACUGGUAUAGUUGCAGCUCGACGUUUGGCAGAGAAUAAUGCUAACUUUAGUGUAUGUAUUCUUGAAGCAGGUCCAAGUAAUGAGGAUAUAGUCAACAGUCAUAUGCCUGGUGGUUGGAUAUUGAUGCAAAAAACUCCAGUCGAUUGGUGCUACGAAACUGUUCCUCAAAAAGGAUGUAAUAAUCGUAUUAUAUCUCUUCCACGAGGUCGUUUACUUGGUGGCUGUAGUGCAGCCAAUGGUACAUUAGUUACUCGUGGUCCCAAAGCCGAUUAUGAUCGAAUUGCCGAUAUGGGAAAUCCAGGAUGGAGUUGGAAAGAAAUGUUACCAUUCUUUAAAGCAUCUGAAACAUUUCAUCCAGCUGAAUGGCAUCAGGCAGACUUAAAUAUACAUGGAACUGAUGGACCUUUACAUAUCUCCAUGAGUCCUCUUGCACCCAUAGGUGAAAAAAUUCUUGAAUCAUUUAUCGAUAGUGGUUUUGAUUACAAACCAGAUAUGUUUGUUCAAGGAGAGUAUGAAGGUGUUGGGCACGUUGGUCGUACAGCUUACAAUGGUAUUCGUUCAACAAGUGCAGAUUUUAUUAACAAAUACGAUAAAACAAAUCUUAUAGUUCGAACAGGUGCAUUUGUGGAUAGAAUCAUUCUGGAAAAGAGUGAUGAAAAAGAAGGUGAAUACAAAGCAGUCGGCGUGGAAGCACAUGAUAAUACAAAUAGUCAACCGAUAAUUAUCAAAGCGAACAAAGAAAUUAUUUUAAGUGCUGGUGCUUAUAAUUCUCCAAUGGUUUUGAUGCAUUCUGGUAUUGGUUCGGAAAAGCAUCUUAACGAAGUGGGGAUUGGUUGUAAAAUUAAUUUACCUGGUGUUGGUGAAAAUCUUCAAGAUCAUAUAAUUGUUUGCACGUCCUAUCAAGUGAACGAUCCGAAUCUCACAUACGAUCGAUUUCUUUAUCAUCAUCCAGAUGGUCUUACAUUAGCGGUCAAAGAAUGGCAAGACACUAAGACAGGCGUAAUGACGAGUUUGCCGCUCGCUGUUAUGGCUCUUACCAGAAUCGACAAAACGAUUCAAGAUCCUGCUUGGGAAGCUGCAAAAGCCAAACAACAGAGCAAAAAUUCAUCAAACUCUGAUCCAACUGGACAGUGGCCGAAUCAACCUCAUAUCGAACUCAUUACUACUCAGUUAUAUAUGGGCCUACCUGACUUUUUAGAUGCUGGUUAG